UUAAUCAAACUAGCGGGGGCUGCAACGACGACUGUACUUCACUCUCACUCUCACUCUCACUCUCACGGCAGAGGUAUGCCUUCUCUUCCUCUCCCUCUUGCCCUCUUGCUCUCUUGUGCCGCCGACUACACGCCCUCGAACGGUGAUGCCUCUUCGUGUCCCUCUUUCGCACAGUGAAUCAUGAGCAGCGCCGAUCAUGACCCUCUCUUUGGUCGCUACCCUCUGCCCUCUCUCUGUUGGUCGAUUUUCAAGCUGUGGCCUUUCUAUCUUAGAUUCAAGUAUGAUUUUCUUGAAAGAAGGCACGGAAGGGUUUCUUCUUGCGAGUCUUUGAUUCGAUUCAAUCAGUUUCUAGAACAAGGGAUGUGGAAGUUACUGAACCCCUGCUUCAUAGACCUCAACCUCCUCCUGCAGGAUAUUUCCCAUGUAGGAGUGUGCUUGUGGAAUGCAUGCCUGUGGAGAAUUGGGAAAGCAAAGGAACGCUCCAUUGUGUACUUAUAA